UUGCUAUUAGUAUUGAGUGCAUUAUAAUUUGAAUGCUAUUUCUUUUCAUGACUACACAAUGUCUCUUUGUAUUUCGGUGCAUGUGAUCCAGUGUGUGUUACCUGUGUGGUGCGUUUAAUCAGUUGAAAUGUAGUUCAGGUGAACAUAUACCUCGGUAGAAGCAUGUAGGUUUGUUUGCUUUGAACAUUCCUUUGUGGGAUCUCUUAAGGCUGACGAUUUACGCCAUAUCAGAACUUAUACACAAUCACAAGGCCUGCGCAGUGACAAGUUGUCCCCUCGUUAGACCUGAAUGGACUCACCCCUUCGGGGUCAGCGUCAGAACACCUGCAGUAAAUGAUGUCAGAAGAUGACAAAGACGUCGUAGGAGACAAAAACGAACUGAUUUGAAGAGACAGGUUGUGUUGGCCGAUGUAAUAUCCGUGUUGAAAUGUUAGCGCAUGCGCAGACAAAAAACUCUUGCGUUUCCGGUCGAAUGGUACUGUCACGGUCAGCCCGUGGACCAGUCAGCUUCGUUGAAGUAUCAUUGGACGGAAGUUACAUAACAAUAGAGAACACCACGACUGCAUCGAAGUCAAAGUCGGUGCAGUUGCAAGGAUGGAGUUUGAGAAAAAAGAGAAAAGGCCAACCCGACAUCCUCUACAAAUUCGGGGACUAUGUCCUACAUCCGGGUGCUAAACUCAGAAUCUACGGUCGCUGGAACACCCCUGCUCCCCAACAAGACAUCGGCUGUGACUACAUCAUCAACUACGACGUUUUCAACUGGGGAUUCGGCACGACCGCCGUGUAUCUCUAUAACGAGGAACACAAGGAAAAGGCUUCAUUAGAGUCAACAGUCACUUCGAUGACAAGCGUGCCCGUCCCCUUUAGACCAUAACAACCAACAUCUUGAUACUAGUAUCAUACGUAACGUCACACAUAUUUAUUUUGUAUUAAAUGCGAUUUCAUCUAAAAA